AUGAAGAUUGAUGAAAUUAUCAAUCUCCUGGGCACAGUUCCUCCGUCCCAGAACGUUGUCCACACUGAGGGGACUCGCAAUGAAAUCAUCAAGGUGUAUCAUGAAAUGUACGCACCUGGGCUUGCCUCUUUCUUCGAAUCCGGGUGGUACCACUUUACAGAAAAUGGAUCACCUUCGUUUCCUCAAAGCCAGCGUCUCGUCGAAUUAAUGGCAUCUUUUCUCAAGGCCUUGGAGGCUGUAAAGAUCAACGACCAAACCCAGAUGGCCUACUCUGGUAUUCUUGAGACACGCCUUGUGUGGGAGCUAGCGCGAGCAGCAUACGACCCUCCCACUGCAGCUUCUGCUAUCAGUACCACAACGCUGCCGCACGAUGGUGAUGCGAAGGAGACCCAAAACCGUGUCCGAGUUGUUGAGGCACUUUUGUGUGGAGACUAUCUAUCAGUCAACCCACUCUGCCCACCAAUACAAGACCCUGACAGUUACCGAACCCGACAAUUUGAUUUCUGGUACAGCCUGGCUGAGUUCGUGCGUACGCGGGAGGAUCCCAAUGGUCCAGCUGCCGCCAAGUCUAGGGAGGAAAUGCUUUCGAGGAUGCGGUAUCUACUUGAUGGUCGCGAGAACCGCGAUGUUCUCUACUCGAUUGCAGUUGUUCGAGAACUUGCUCCCCAUUUUGAUUCUCCCUACGGCAACGCUGCUCCUCAACAUGCCGACGAGAGUGACCCCAAGAACAAACUCUCAGUUGCAUCCAAGUUCAUUUACGAUGAAUCUCAGGUCACAGGUGGAACUACCAACGUCGUGCGACGUCUAUGCGACAUUGCAUACAGAGCUUUCGUCAAUCCAGGUGUGAAUAUUGCUCGGAGACCUUGA